AUGGUUGAAAUGUGCUGGAUUGGUUUGCCAAGCGAUCCAGAUGAUUUUGUGCAGCGAGCUUUGAGAGCGGGACACCCACGUGGGAUGGAUGUCCAUGUGGAUGCAUCCAUGGCCUCAGUCGUGAAGGCCAACCUGGUUGGACGAGCAUUUGUGGGGCACACGGAGAGCAGGAAGGAAGAGCUGGGUUCUCAGCUGAAACAAGCGCUCUCCGAUGGAGGGUUGAGCCCCAAGGAUGCUGAGAAGCUCCGAGGCAGGAUGAUCUUCUUUGAAGGCUUCACUUUUGGAAGGGUUGCCAACUCCUCCACCAAGACUUUGGGGCGUUUCUGUGGAAGCUCCAACAAGCCCAAACCUUUGGAUGCUGAAAUGACCAGAGCUCGGAAGUCUUUGCAGCAAAGAAUAAGUGAUGGGCGGCCGCUCAAAAUUGAGCGAAACUUACACAGUACAUGGCUGGUCUUCACGGACGGCGCCUGCAACCAGGAAGACAUGAAAGGAUCGGUUGGGCAAGCUUGUUGGUGCAAUCGUUCGUUGAAAACGAGGCGGCACAACAACACCGCGUGUGGUUUGGCCGUGUACCGAGUCACAGCAACCCUGCAGAUUCACCAAGUCGCCUUGAUCACAGUCAGGUCCUCGCAAAGGGUGCGAACCAAACCAACGUUGAUUGGGAGAAGGUUUCACGCCACCUUGGACUUUGGACUGGGGCGGAUCUCGGAAGGUGCAGAAACUUUCCCCGGUGUAAAACAGGUGCUUCUGCGUUGA